CCAUGCGCCAACUUCACUCCGAUCAGUCGGCCGGCGACCACCAUGGAUCGCAGUUCCCUCGCGUGACGCGAUAAACUCCUUCGUAUAUUUAACUAGUUCAUAAUACUAAACACAUUUGUAUGUACAUUUACUUUAUUAAACUUUACAUUUUUAUUUGACUAAGUGUUUCCAAGACGUCGCCGCCAUGGAUGUGAAUCAGUGUUGUUGUGAUGCGAAACUGUCGCCUAACAAAAAAUCGAUUUUUGGAUUGAGGACCCAAAUAUUGUCUUUGCUGUUCGUCGCGUGUUUUGCCGCUGGUGUGUCCGUCGCGGAGGCCGACGUGUCCUGUGCGGCCGUCAGGAGCCACUUCCAGAGCAAAGGAAUGCUAUCCGCCGUCGAUAUCCAAGACCAGCCGAAUUCAGACGUGGGCGGCCUCUGCCUGAACCGCGGGUGCUGCGCGGCCGGCUCCGCGGCGCUGCUGACCCAGCACGCGCGCACGCAGCUCGAGACCUCGCUCCGGACCGAGCUGAUCAAGCUGGCGGAGAUCCUGUCCAAUCGGGCCGGGAAGUUUGAUGAAUUCUUCCGCAAGCUGCUGCAGCAGUCGAAGCAGGACUUCGACGCCAUGUUCAAGCGCACCUACGGCAUGAUCUACGAGCAGCACUCCUUCGUCUUCGAGCAGUUGUUCGAGCAACUCGAGCGGUACUACUCGAGGGGAGAUACGGACCUCGACAGCAUCAUGGAGACCUUCUUCGGGAUAUUGUACCAGAAGAUGUUCACGGUGCUCAACUCGCAGUACACGUUUGAUGAGAAAUAUCUGAAGUGCGUGGGCGAGCACAUGAGAGAGACGCAGCCGUUCGAAGACGUGCCCAAGAAGCUGUCGGUGCAGCUGCGAAGAGCCUUCGUGGCCACCAGGACCUUCCACAAGGCGCUUCGGGCGGGAGCUGAUGUCGUCAGGAACAUGCUGCAGGUGGGCGUGACCCCCGAGUGCAUAACCUCGUGGACGCGGCUGCGCUCGUGCGGCGCGUGCGGCGGCGGCGCGGCGCCCGCGUGCAGCCGCUACUGCCACAACACGCUGCGGGGCUGCCUGCCGCAGCACGCCGACCUCGCGCCGCACUGGGACGCGUAUGUCGACGCAGUAGAGAAGGUAGCAGAUCGGCUCAUCGGGCCCUUCAACAUCGUGAUGGUGGUCGAGCCCAUCGACAUCAAGAUCUCCGAGGCCAUCAUGAACUUCCAAGAACACAACCAAGAGAUCUCCCAGAAGAUCUUCCACGGCUGUGGAAAACCCGUCCUGGGCGGCGGCGGCAGCGUGUCCGGCCCAUUCUUCGCACCAGACCGCUCCAAGCGAUCCCUCAGAUCCAUGCCAGACUUCGACUGGAACAAGAACCCGAGUGACGUAGACGACUUCGAAAUCGAAACCUCCUUCGAAACAGUGCUUAAAGAAGACCCGUCUUUGAACAGUUUGAGCUCGAAGGAGGAUCUUAAAGAGACUGUUAAGAAGAUGGCUGAGCAGAGCAAGUCACGUGACAGAGUGCUGCAGUACUUGAAAGGCGAUAUGGAUGCUGAAGACUAUGAGGAUCACGAGAGGAGAAGGCGGGAUGCGGAUCCGGAGCCGGCCGGCGACCUCGACUACAGGAGCUACGAGUUUGAGGGCAAGAGGACCAAGGGGAAGAAGACUGUGGCCAAACAGCCGGCCGAGAGUCGGGAUGUACGCGACUGGGGCAGCCCAGCCCUCAUCCGUCUAGUCCGAGAGACUCGAGCUCGCGUGCGCAACUCGCGUCGCUACUGGGCCAACCUGCCCUUCCUACUGUGCACCGAGCCCAGUGUCGCCGCGCCGCCCGCGCCCACCGCCGCCUGCUUCAACGGCACCAGCGAGGCCCCCUACACCCUCCCCGCGGCCGGCGAGGGCUGGGCGGGGCUGGCGUCGAACCCGGAAGUGCGGGCCACGGGCGCCGCGCCUGCCCCUACGCAACAGGACGCGCUGAAACUGUUGACUGCGAGGUUGAAGGACGCGUAUAAUGGGGCUGAUGUGCAUUGGACUGAUGCUGACGACCUGCAAGAGAGCCAGUCGCAGUUCCGCAGCACCCUAGUAGACGCGGGCGGCUCGGGCUCCGGCUCCGGCGACUACGACGACCUCACGGACGACGACGAGGAUAGGAGCCCUGGACCCGACUUCAGAGGUUCCGGCCAAGGCCCGCCAGAGGACGACGACGAGAAGCCCGCGCCGGGCGCGCCCGCCACCGACGCGCCCUUCACGCCCGUGGUCGUGGGCGGCGGCGGCGACGACCGCCACGUCAGCCUCAACGCGCCCACGGACACGCUAGACCAGCCCAUAGAGCCGCGCGCGGGACCCACAGACAACCUAGACGAGCCGCCGCUACCCGGAUCCGGAAACUCCCUCGCCCUGCACAAAGCGCUCAUCACAUACGCGCUGCCGGUAGUCUGCGCCUGGCUCGGCACUAUGGUCACCGAUCUCAUAUAGUUCUCGGCACAGAACGUGGCAUGCAUUCUCGCACCUUUCGCGAAAGGUGAUGGUACAGAGUGCAUGCGGACUCGGGUUUAGUAAAUGACUAGUCAGUGGGGUUAUCGCUUCGUGCGACUGUGAUACGAUGUGUGGAGGAGACUUUAAGGACUUGUCUGGACGACGCAAUACUUGUGUAAAUUAUUGAGUUUAUUUAUGAUUAUGAAAAUUACGACGACGGUGUUUCGCCAAUGAAUACGCAACGUGAGUUUUGUUUUGACAAUAUUUCGGCCGUGCGUUUAUUAACGGAAUUGUUUUUUUUAUAAAGUCAGCCAAAUAGCGUAUUUAUUAUAAAGUAAUGAUGAUCUUUUUGUAAAUAUCUUGUAAAUUAUAUUUAGAUAGCUAAUGUAUGUCCCCUUACGUAACGUUGUAUGUAAUGUUCGGUAUUUUUAUGAAACAAAGUUAAAAGAAGGAAUUGUCUUCAAACAUAACGUACACUUUUAUUUAAAAAGAUGUAGGUAUUUACGUAUUUGUUGUAAAUAUAAUAAUGUUUUCCAUCACGAGAAAAAGCAGAAGAUGAAUGAAGUAAAAAAAUAUUUGUUGAAAACUUUGUAAAUAAAGAUAGCAAUAAUUUAAAGUAGGUUAAGAGACUGAUUUGCUUUCUACAGGGUGUUGAAAAAAGCACAAUUAACAUUAAAAUAUCCCCGAGUAGAGGAUAUUAUUUGCUGUGCUUCUUUUAAUAUCCUGUGUCUUCGUUAAAAUAUUUUUUUUUACUAAUUACAUUCGACUUGAGUACUAACUUUAACCGACUGAUCCGUUUUUUUUUAGUUUUUAUUUUAUAAUGCAUUAAUGCAAGUUUUAUGUAGUUUUGGCUUCAGCUUUAUUUUUAUACAUAAUUUGUUAAUUCAGAUGUUGUAUUUACAAGGAAUGUUUGUUGCAAUAUCAACCUACCGGUGUCCAUUAUCUAAGUAAAAGUAAUCGAACAUACUCUGUAAAAACAAUAGUCUGAAUAUGUAGGUACAUAAGUUUCAGAAAAAAACGUAAUUAUUUUAUAUGACUUUAUAUAGGUACUUAUCAUUUUUGUAAACAAUAAUCAGAUAAAUCGCACAAAAUAAUGAACUUAAACGAAUUUUAUUAACACAGAAUGGUGAGAUUUUGUCACUGCCAGUAACAAUAAGAUUAAAAUUCAUAAUGUAGCUAGCAAGUAGCUAUUACUGUUGUAUUGGUACCAUAUCAAUGAACUAAGUUAACAGUAUCCUCAAAAGGCCUUACUCAAUAAACAUUAUACCUACUUAAAUAUAUUUUUCCAAACAUUAAACAUGUAUAACUAACGAUUUUGGCGAAUUAUCUUGUGCAAGUGACGGGACCAAAAAUUUAAAUCUUUUUUAAAUGUGCCAUCUACUUAAUUAAGUUCUUAUUUCUUCACGGACUAACAUAAGACACCAUUAUAAUUUAUUUCACUGAAAUAAUUAAUUUAAACGCUUGCACAAAUAUUAAUUUAAAUCCAACGUUAAUUUUAGUAAUUAAUACCAAGUUCAUUAAAAUACAGAAAAAAUACAACUUUGUAAAUAUUAGAAUAAGGUGCAUUUGCAUUUGACUUGAGCACAUCAAUGUUGUGUGGAAUAAAGUAAAUGUCUCCCAGGUGUUAUACAUAGAGAACGUCUAUUGUAGUACAUAAUAUCAUUAUGUAAUGUUUUAUUUAUAGCGAAUAUGAAUUGAACUUGUGCCGCUAGAUUCUGGUGACCGAACGUAGUUUUUUUUGUACGGAAAUUAGGAAAUCAUAAAUAUACGUAAGUUUAUAUACAUUUUAUAAUAUUCUUAUAUGUAACAGGGUAAAAUAUGUCUAUGCUACAGUUUCACCAGAUGCAAGCAUUAAAUCUUACACCGUACUUAGUGAACCAGCUAAUCCAAAGGUGAAACAUACUAUGGAAAUUUUAAAUAAUAUUGUUUUGAAUGCUUGUUUCUAGUGAAAAUGUGAGAAUCCAUAUAAAAUCAAGUUGUAGGUCACACGUGUUUUGGGAAAAGUCUAGUCAGAAGUUUUAAAAUGUGGUUUAUCUAAAUGAAUAGAUGUUGUUGAAAUAAUCGGGUGUGUAUACGGUUAGCAUAAUACGGCGUAUUUUUCUCAAUAGCGUGUGACGUGCGAGACGGAUAGAACUAAUCAUUGAUGUAAGGACGCGGAAUGUAACAAUCUGUAGUAGAUCUAACGGAAUUUUUAUAAAGAUGUAUUGUAUAGAUAUGGAAAUAUUGUGUACAUAAAUAAAUAAUAACACGUGGAUA